GGAAAUCCUCAGACUUACCGAGCCUGCGCAGUCUACGAAAAGCACUGCCCGAUGCUGCUGCGGUACGGCGGAGAAUAGCUUAGAGGCCACUUUCCAGGCAAACGACUGCGUCUUGCCGAUAAGUUUUCUUCCUGAAUCACAGCAAUAAGAUCGGGGGCUUAUCAUGGCAGCACAGCCUCUGAUCAGAACAAAACAGAGAGAGGAGGUGAUCAACGGCACGCCAACUCAGGUGGUGUGCACAGAAUUCAGCAACUACGUAUUUGUAGUCCUCACGCAGUACGGCAAGAUAGGAUCACUCAUCUCGGUCACACCUGACUCCAGAUCCACUGACAUCAGCACCACCAUGUUCACCACCAAAGUGCUUCUGGGAAAAGAUGAGCCCCUGACGCACGUAUGUGCAAAACACCUGGUGACGUUCAUCUCACAAGAGGCGGGAAACAAGCCCGUUCUGCUGGGACUGGCCCUCAAAGACACGAACAUUGAGGCAAUUAAAGCCAUGAAAGACAUGCUCAAACGCUGCCAGGUCUGGUAGCCGAUAAUCACGCAGGACGUCGCUCAGAACCCUGACCAAAGAACACCAUCAGCAAAUGGACUGGAACUUAAUACCCUGGCUAGAUUUGUAUGGUGGGAGAGAAAGUUUCUUGUUUUGAAGUUGAAUGUUAAUGGUUAAUGGAUUUUUUGUACUACACCCAACAUUGUAAUGGUAUUCCUUCCUUAAAAAUAUUUAUCAUAUUCAAGGAUGACUGGAUGUUAUGAUUCAUAGUUUAAUGCCCCAAAGUGAAAUAUUUUCUGGUAGAAAUUAAUCAUUAUAUUGUGGACAGUGUUGUCUAUAGUGAUGCUUCUGCAUUUCAGUUUAAUAGCAGAUAACAUCAAUUUGUCUGAAAUGUUCUGUUUUCCUACCACUGUCUGGUUUUUGCCUUUUUAAAACCGCAGGUCACUUUUUGCUUUGCUAGCCCAGAAAGUUUUUGUGUUCGAUUUUAUGCAGAUAUUAUCAAAGUUUAUUGUAGCAUGCCAGCCUCACAAUGACAAAGAGCAUUGAAGCGGGGCUCUUCAGUGGCAUUUUAGGAGUAUUCCCCCAGAAAAUGGAUGUGUGCUUAAUGGAAAAGUCAUUUUGGAGUACAUCUAAUUGAGAUGCAUUAACAUGUCCUGAAUGUUCAAUUUGGGGGCACAAGAGCUGGUAUAGAGCUCUGGGUUAGAAGUUUAAAGCAAGAAACUACAGGCAACUCCAAGCAGCUUGUACCAGCACACUUUCCAGAGGCUGUGCUUACAGAAACAUUUGUCUUAUAUUCACAUCUAAACUUACGAAUAUGUUUACAAUCAGUUUACAAUGCACACUCUUCACUCCCUAGGUUUUUGCAUGCCUAAUGUUAGCCUGCUUGCAAAUUAAAAUUAAAGUGGCAAAAAACGAAAGAGUUUCGGCUGCAUUGAUGAACAUUAUUCAUUCAAGCCUGAAUCUCGGGAUGAGAGAGGUUGAAGAGGAAAGAAACCAGCUUGCUGUUUGAGGAUGACUAGAAAUUGUUUCAGUUGAUCUGGGUUGCCUAAAAGUUAUUGCAUAAGUAACAAGAAGAUGUUUGUCUCGUUAACGCAAGUUGGUAUUGUGCAAGCAGAAACCAUUUUCAGUAGUCGAUUUCUUGCUGCUUUGCGACGAUUCUCUCAAGGUAUAGGAAGUCAUGCCACUUUUUUCCGCAAACAGGUCUGAGUUAAGUACAGCCACAGAACAGUUAUUUGCACACAGUGGUUCAUUUUGUUUAAAACCUAAACCUGUCACUGUCCCUAUACUGGCCAAGGUUGGCUGAUUGUGAGGAACGUCUGAGUUCUGAAGUAUCCUUUGUCUCAUGAAAAAACUGGAUAAAUAAAAAGUGCCCACUUGAACUGAAAUAUCAAAAAGCAUCCCAAUCCUUUUAAAGGUCUGAUUUGUCAUCUUCAUUUCACUUGUUUUUUACUCAAGGGUGGUUAUUUUGCUGAACAAUAAAAUAUUUUAAUAACA